UUUGCUGUAACUACGUCACUUCCGGCCUCCUCUCUCGCUUCCAUCUUGCUCCUCCGCAUGUGUCUGCUGUUAGUUUACAGGUCAGUGAGGAGCUUUAAAUACCUUCUUCUCCGCACUGUUUCCUCCCGAACCGACGGCGAGAGAUGAAAGAAGCAAUUAUGAAUCAAGAAAAACUUGCUAAACUACAAGCACAAGUCCGCAUCGGCGGAAAGGGAAGUGCUCGCAGAAAGAAGAAGGUUGUACACAGAACGGCAACCGCAGAUGACAAAAAGCUCCAGUUCUCCUUGAAGAAACUCGGUGUCAACAAUAUCUCUGGUAUUGAGGAGGUUAACAUGUUUACAAAUCAAGGAACAGUGAUCCACUUCAACAAUCCCAAAGUGCAGGCCUCCCUCGCUGCCAACACCUUCACCAUCACCGGCCACGCUGAGACCAAACAGCUGACCGAGAUGCUGCCGGGCAUCCUGAACCAGCUGGGAGCCGACAGCCUGACGAGCCUCAGGAGACUCGCUGAGGCGCUGCCCAAACAGGCUGCAGAUGGAAAAGCGCCGAUUGCAACAAUAGAAGAAGAAGAUGAUGACGUUCCAGACCUGGUGGAGAAUUUCGAUGAAGCAUCCAAGGAUGAGGCUAACUAGGGGAAGCGGGACUCCCUGAAGUGUCAAAACUUGACAGGACCAUGUGAGGCACAAGAUGUUUUUCUGUCUAUUUCGAGGGGUGGAAAGCUAACAGUUAAAGUACCUGAGAAGAUGGAACAUCUGUCAACUUGAGCAUUAUGUAAAAUGUGCAACACCUGAACCAAGUACUUGCCUACUCUUGUUAAUUAUUUUUGAGUAAUUUUCUAGAAUAGUACUCUGAAGUAUUAAAAAGCGGGGGUGGCAGUAUUUAAGGUAUUUUAGUACUCAUUCCACUACUUUUCCACCAGACUCCCCAAAUGCUUGUUGUGCUCUGUAUGUCCAGUUAGAGUGAACGAUUGUGUGUGUAAAAUGUGACGUUUAAGGCUCCUGCUGUACAUGUUUUUUCUCCAUGUUACUGAACCUUAAUUCUUUGUGGCCUCACUUCAUCACCAUAUCUGGAAUAAACCUUUGCUACUGUCAAUAAAUAAA